AUGAUCACUAAACCCACCUUGAGCCCAUCCGACGAAUCCUCGCCCAUAGACCCGUUGCUGGCACUCUCGAAAUUCUUCAUUGAACAACAACCCACUCUAUUCAACCAUAGUUGUGCUGUGGACUCGGCGAUCCAGAUGCUGUACGGACUGGCAAAGGACUACGUGCUUGAUGGCAAGGAGUACCAUGACAACUUCACUGAAACAAAGGAUGAGGUGUGCGACACGCAUAUCAAACAGUUGGAGCAAGCCCAAGCUCCAUCAAUAAUCCAAAAAGUGCUUGAAAUAAUGAUCCCCGCAUCGAUAAAUGAAGUACCCUCUACCUCAGAAUAA